UGUAAAACACAUGAUUGCAAAACUUUCAUCUCUAAAUAAAUGAAAAUAUAUUGUGCAAAAAUGAUUUAAAUAAUUAAACGCGGUUCUUCUACGUAAACAAUAUUAAUAAACAAAUAUGUUUCGCAGACUAAGUAAACUGACGAUAUGCGAUCAUCUAACAACACAGAUAAUACCUACACAAAUCAAUUUGAUACGAUGUUCGGCAAGUGCGCGUCCAACUGACAACUGCAAAUCUGCUGUACCAUUAGAAGCUCUGUCCGUCGCAGUUCCCGCCCAUAUACUUAAUAAUGAGCAACAACCUCAAGCGGUACGAAAUUCGACAAAAUCGCUGGAGUUUCUGCCAUGGAUGCCGAGUCCCUACACAUCAAAUGCUAGCGGACCGCUCAGUCAAUACAAAAAGCUGUCUAAGUUUCGGCUGACAUCCUUGGUGGUGAUAACUACAAUGGGCGGUUAUGCUUUGGCGCCGGCUGCAUUUGAUUUAGCUACGUUUGCGAUGUGUUCACUGGGCACAGGAUUGGUUUCGGCUGCAGCGAAUUCUAUAAAUCAAUACCACGAAGUUCCCUUCGAUUCACAGAUGUCGCGUACGAAAAACCGGGUGCUGGUAACUGGACAAAUUACGCCACUAAAAGCAGUUGGCUUUGCUGUCGUCUCAGCGACUACAGGAUUGAGCAUGUUAUAUUUUGGCGUUAAUGGAUUAACAGCUGCUUUGGGUGCCGGCAAUCUGUUCCUCUACACCUCCGUUUACACGCCUAUGAAACGAAUGAGCAUCGCCAACACCUGGGUGGGCUCCAUUGUGGGCGCCAUACCACCGCUAAUGGGCUGGGCCGGUUGUGCUGGGUCUCUGGAUGCGGGUGCUAUGAUUCUUGCGGGGAUUCUGUAUGCCUGGCAAUUUCCACACUUCAAUGCGUUGUCGUGGAACCUGCGACCGGAUUAUUCGCGUGCUGGUUACCGCAUGAUGGCAGUCACAAACCCAGGAUUAUGUCGUCGUACCGCGUUGCGGUAUUCAGUCGCCAUUGGUGCUCUUUCGCUUUUGGCUCCUGUUGCAGAUGUAACCAACUAUUGGUUUGCUCUGGAGACACUGCCCUUAAACGCCUACUUUUGUUAUCUAGCUUACAAAUUUCAUCAGAAAUCGGACAGUGGAAGUUCUCGCAAAUUGUUUAGAUUUUCUUUAAUUCAUUUACCUGCGCUGAUGCUAUUGUUUUUGGCCAACAAAAAACACUGGUACUUCAAAGAUGAUACGGAAACAAACGAAGAAACUGUUAAGUCGGAUAAAUCGCUGAUAUCGGCUUUGCCCAAGUCUACGCCCAGUGGGUUGGAGAAAGUAUUACCGGUCGCUGUAACGGAAGGUUCGAGGUGAUGUUCUUCCAGUCAACUGGUAGCAAAAUUUGUAAGGAUUGUAUCGUAUUCCUAAUAGUGCAAAAAUACGUGUUUGUAAAAUGAAUAAAGAAAUUUAACUAUU